AUGAAAGAACAGAAACCAAAGAAAAGGCAGCAGAAGAAUCCAACCCACAAUGAGGAGAAGCCGUCUGUACAGAGCUUCCAAACUGAAAAGCCCACAAAAUAUUUCCCACAGGAGGAGAUCGGAAAGCCGCAACAGACAUCUAGAGACAACACGAGGGUCUCUGUCCGGGGCACAAAAGCCAAAAGCUGUGCUGGUAGGUCCAAAUCACUUGAGCAAUUUGCAGAGGAGACAGUGAAGACACAACCAGAGAUACCUAAAGACAAAACGAAGGCUUCUCCAAAAACAAAAACGGCAAAACCACAUAGUGGUAAGGCAAAAUUACUAGAACAAAUGGUAGAGGAGUUAAAGAUAACAGAAGCAGAGACCAUCAUCGAAGCAAAAAUUUGUGCCGGCACAAUGAAAUCACCAGAGGAGAUAAGGAAGAAGCAACAAAAAUCAUUUGAAAGCAUCACAAAAGCUUGUGAACCACAACUCCAGGGUGGAACGGACUCAAUCCUCUACACAACUCUGGACAAGUUAAGGAUUAGGAGGAACGAAAGAUCUGAUGCAUCAAAAGUCAUCAAUGACAUUAUAAAAAGCAUAGUCGAGCAUUUGAAAAAGAACACUGUAUCCUUUCAAGAAGUACAAGAACCACUACGUACUGGAAGUUACUAUGAAAAUCUAAAGAUUUCUAGCCCUGAUGAAUUUGAUGUGAUGCUGCCAAUGCCUGUCGCCCGAGUGGACAUUCAACCAUUUCGAGAUGAUGGAGCUUUUUACAGUGUGGCAUUAAAACGUAGCAAGAGUCCUCUGAGCAAAUUUAAGGAUGAGGCCGGCAUUUUAUCUGCCAGUAAAAUGCUAAAGGAGUUCAGGGAAGAAGUAACGAAAUGUGUCAAGCCAUUUAAAGAAUGGGUGUUGACAAGAAAGAAAAAAGGCUGUCCAGCAGUGACCCUGACUACAGAAGUGAAUUCAGUCACCAUCUCACUGGAUGUUGUUCUCUGUAUAGUGGUUCAAUCAAGCUGGCCACCUUUCACCAAAGAUGGCCUAAGAAUAGAGGGUUGGCUGGGAACUAAAGUGAGGCAGAAAUACAAGUACCUACCUUAUUACCUUGUCCCAAAAUAUGAGGGCAGGGGUACCAUGGAAUGUGAUGGGGUCCUUGCUAAAGAUAUUUGGCGGGUUUCAUUCUCUCAUGUUGAGAAGGACAUACUGAAGAAUCACGGAUCAGAGAAGACAUGCUGUGAAGAAGGCGGAGUGCGCUGCUGCAGGAAAGACUGUUUGAAGCUGUUGAAACACCUCCUGAGUUUGCUGAAGGAAAGGGAGUCAUUUGACAAGUUCUGCUCCUAUCACGCCAAGACCACGCUCUUGCAUGCCUGCUGCUCUAGAACUAAAGACACUGACUGGCACACCUCAAAUCUGGGUCACUGCUUUCAGAUUUUCCUCAAAGAGUUUGAAGGCUACCUUCAAAAAGGUGUACUCCACAACUUCUUCAUCCCAACACAGAACCUGCUCUCUGGUAUAAGCGAUGAAUCGUGCAAAAGUCUGGCUCAGUGUAUCAGGAAUGAACGGUACAAUGGCUUUCCCAUUUUCAAGUGAAAACUUCACAACAAAUAUAAAGUCAUAGGUGUGCGACUGUUCAAGGCCAGCACAAUACAGUCAUUUCUCACCAUUUCAUUCUGGUUUUUACCAAGUUUAUUUCCCUGUAAGCCUGUUCAUAAUGAAUCAUUGUUAUUGUUUAUUAAAUACUUUAUACCCCUCUCAAGAUGAUUUCACAAAGUCAAAGAAAUAAAGUCAAUUAAAUCUGCCAAAUGAUGCCAAUUUAUACUUAAUUUUAAUCACAUUUUAAUAGAAU